AUGGACCCCUCAUCGCCGGCAAAGAGACGCGCCCUCGCGCCCCUGGACGCGAACGUGAACGCGAUAUCGUCGCCCACGAAGCUGCACAAACACUCCAAGCUGGGGGCGGCGCCCCAAUCGCCGCGUAAGAGCAACAGCAGCGGCAGCCCCGUCAAGUCUCUCAAUCUCAAGAGGUCCUUUGCCGCCGCCGCCGUCGACAUCUUUGACGAGAACGCACUUGUUCCCAAGAAGAAGCAAUGUCAGGAGCCCGCCUCUGCUCUUGCCGCUGCUUCUAAUGCUACUACUACUACUACCACCACCGCUGCACCCGUAGCUGUAGCUGCACCUGCGCGAGAAGUUGCACUGGCACCUGAAGCUACAUCACCAGUUCCUGCUAUUCCAUCUGCAUCCGCGGCCGCAUCGACUCCCGCGCCGGCGCCCGCACAGACAGAGAUGGAGAUGGACGUUGAUCCCGAUGCCACGGAGACCCAGAGCGAACAAUCAGAAGAGCAGAACCAGCAAAGCGAACAACAACUAGAACCCGAGGUGGUGCAGGGCGAGAACGAACUGCUGCCAGAACAACAGCAGAAAGGGUCGCGGCACGAGACACCGCGAACCCGCUCCGCGUCCCCCGCAGACACGUCGGCCGUGUUCGACACCUCGGCCAUGGACAUGUCCCAAAACACCACCAUCCUCACCGAGCCAGACGCAGAGCAGGCCAGGACCCUGCCGCCGCCGAGGCCGAGGAGGUUAUUGACCCGCGAGGAGGCGCGACAGAAAGCUCGAAUCCUUCGACUGAAACUCGGACUCGCGAAUUACAAGCUCCAGACAGGGCAGGAGAACGUGCCGCUUGACAAGCUGGAGGUGAAGCCGCGACCGGGGCAGCAACCGCAGGAGACGAAGAUGCAAACGCAAACGCAGACGCAGACGGCGGAGAGGGCUCUGCCGAGGGUCAUGGUGCAGCCGCCGUCAAGCCGUGAUGGCCCCCCCGAGAAGGACGCCGAGGAGGAGGUUGUCGAGGAGACUGAGACGGACGAGCCCGCGCACUCGCAGGAGUCCGCCGAGGCCGAAGUGGCGACGACACAGGCACCACAGGUGCAGGAAGAGAAGGAAUCUCGGAACGUGGUCAGCGUCCUGCCGCGUCUCGAUAUGGAUAACCUCAAAGCUGGCAACGACGAAGACGAGCCGACGAGUGCUGUUUCGGGUGGUAUCGUGAGCAGUCUGCUCAGUUUGGCGAGGGGUUCGUCAUCCUCCGUUUCUACUUCGUCAUGA